CCGUAUUGUUGUGUGUACAGGAACAGGUCACGUGAGACCCGAACAACAGGCUGGUAAGACAUUCCUGUAUUUAGUCGCUUUCCUGGUACAUGGUACGUACGUACCUUUGUCGCAGCUCAAUACAUAUACAGGAUUGGCACAUCUAUUGAAGUACUGGUGCUUGUUUACAAAUCAGUAGGUAGCUGGAUUACAGAAGAAUGUCUCAGAAGCAAGAGGCAGAAGUUCUUUUUGAUUACGAGAAAACCCAAGAUGAUGAGCUGUCUUUGAAGGUGGGGGAUAUCAUUCAAGAUGUUGUGACAGCUGAUGAAGGCUGGUGUGAAGGAACUCUGAAUGGAAAAAGAGGGCUCUUCCCUGACAACUUUGUCAAAGUGAGACCAGCCAAGAUCCCACCUCCAGCACAACCACCAUCACAGCCCCUUCCUGAGCCUAAGGCACCGGUUGUGCGAGAUGGUGGAGGAGCUAUAAAGAGCCGACGUGCUAAGGUGGCAUACAGCUAUGUUGCAGAAAGUCCUGACGAGCUUUCUCUUGAACCUGGACAGAUUGUGGAGGUGAUAGCAGAAGAGGAGGAGGGAUGGUUUAGAGGGAGGCUCAACAAUAAGGAGGGAGUCUUCCCAAGUAACUUUGUAGAAUCCACCCCGGUACCAGCCGAGCCAACACCCCCUCCAGCUGCACCAGAACCAGUGCGUCCAGAGGAGCCAGUGGCCCCCAAACAGCCUCCGAUGGGUCAUAAGCUCUUCCCCUCAAUAAACCCUGCCCUGGCCAGAGCACAGCUGAAGUCAUCCAACCCAGAAAAGAAGACAGCACCCCCUCCCGCAUCAACGAUCGCUAAGCCAGAGAGGCCACCUGAGAAAAAGGCUCCAGUUGAGCGAGCAAAGGUGGUGUUUGUGUACAAUGCAGAAAAUGAGGACGAGCUCAGUAUUAAUACUGGUGAUGUAGUGGAGAUUAUCAACAAGGAUGUCGGGCAGGAUGGCUGGUGGAUGGUGAAGUUGGGUGACAAAGCCGGACUAGUCCCCGAUAACUUUGUCGAGAUCUUGCCUGCAAGUGCUGCCCCUACGCCAAUUGCCAAGGCCAAGCAUCUGCCCCCAAAGGAGACUCCAGCACCUUCUCAAGUGAAACCUCUCCCCCCUCGUAGUACCUCUAUGUCGAGGCCCCCUCCCCCUCAACCCGACUCUACUCGUAGCACCUCAGUGUCACGUCAUGCUCCCUCUCAACCUCAGCGCCCUCCACCCCCCACAGAACAGAAGAGCUCAAUAAUAGCAGCUGAUGAAGAGGAAGAGAAUGCAGAUUUUGGUGUACCCCACACGGACCCACUGGACAGCUCUGCAGUCAAGAAUAGGCCAAAGAAAUCUAGUCGACCACCAUCACGAAGUAACCUACAUAUGGAUGAAGAAAACGGUAGUGAGCUUCCCCCCGAGCCAAAAGCUCCCACACCUCAAGGUGGUGGUGGUGGUGGUGGUGGUGGUGGCGGCGGCCUCACGCCCUGGCAGGCAGAGGUACAGAAGAGAAAGGUUCACAAGCCACCACCAAUGGCUCCAGGGAGUAAACCUCAUCCACCAACAGCCCCUAAAAAAGCUGUAAAACCACCAGAAAAACCUGCAGCUGCUGCCAAACCUACUCCAGCACCCCCAAGACCUCAGGCCGUGACCAAGCCACAUGUAGACCCCAUCUUCCACCCACCCCGGGACACACCAUCACCCCAUCUCCCACCGGCUGUGUCUCCCAUUCCUCUUACCUCCACACCCACUCACAUUCCCUUAGCUGCAGCACCUCCUGCAGACAACCAAUGGAAGGAAGCGUAUGAGAAUCUUCGAGACGACUUUGAGAAAUUCAAGAAAUUUGUACAGCAGCAGUUUGCUACUCUCACAAAUGAUCUAGACGACGAAAGGAAGCACUGGAGAGGAAUGGAAGUGGACAUAGAUCGCUUGAAAAAGCAACCCAGUUAUCCAAAAUAGAACAUGUGGACCCUUUUUGUUUUUGAAUUUUGUUUGUAGUUAAGCAGUGUUUUUAGCUGUCAGUCUGUGGAAUUUAGUAUUAUAUAUUAUUAUUAUUAUG